AUGACUAAGACCUUGGGGAGGAUCACUAGAGAAACUGUGAAAGAUGUGCCAGCUGAAGAGCUCAAACUGUCCCACACCAACAUCAGAAUCAGAAUAAUGGCGGCUUCGUUCCCCUCUCUUUCUGCAAGCGACAACAACAACAAAUGGUACUACACCCGUCAGCAGAUCGAGAACAGUCCAUCUCGGCGUGCUGGGCUUGACCCCGACAAGGAAUUGUCCUACAGACAACAGGCCGCGAACCUCCUGCAGGACAUGGGACAGCGACUCAAUGUGUCUCAGCUGACAAUAAAUACUGCCAUUGUGUACAUGCAUCGAUUCUACAUGGUCCAGUCAUUCACACGGUUUCAUAGAAAUGUCAUUGCCCCUGCCACACUCUUCCUUGCUGCAAAGGUCGAGGAGCAGCCCCGAAAGCUGGAACAUGUUAUCAAGGUGUCGCAUGCAUGUCUCAAUCCUCAGGACCCGUCACCAGAUGUUCGCAGUGAUGCUUACCUGCAACAAGCCCAAGACCUGGUCAUUCUUGAGAGCAUUAUACUCCAGACCCUGGCUUUUGAAAUCACCAUUGACCACCCACAUACCCAUGUUGUCAAGUGCACUCAGCUUGUCAGAGCAAGUAAGGAUUUGGCCCAAACAUCAUACUUUAUGGCCACCAACAGUCUGCACUUGACUACAUUCUGUCUGCAGUAUAGUCCACCGAUUGUGGCUUGUGUUUGCAUUCAUCUGGCCUGCAAAUGGUCCAACUGGGAGAUCCCCGUCUCCACAGAUAGCAAGCACUGGUGGGAGUAUGUGGAUCCCACAGUCACUCUUGAACUGCUAGAUGAGCUCACACACGAGUUCCUGCAGAUCCUGGAGAAGACACCUAGCAGGUUAAAACGGAUUCGCAACUGGAAGGCUGGAGGUCAGACAGCAAAAGGCAAGUCCAAAGUCCAGGAGGAGGGGGACCAAACAGACACCAUGAUGAGCAUGAUCUCUAUGGCAUCGUCAGAGAGUACUCUGGCAGGCCUGAUGAGCCUCUCAGCCCCUCCUUCCUCUUCCUCAUCAAUGGGUGAGAAGGACAGGAGUACACCGGGUAGUGCCCAGCACUGGCAGCCAGGUGGCAAAAGUCAUGCUGCUUCUGAGCAGCAGCAGCAGCACAACCACGAGGUACAUGCCCCAGCUAAGGUGUCACUGAGCGAGUAUCGUGCUAAGAAUGCGGAUGUUCUAGCUGCCCAGAAGAGGAAACUGGAGAAUAUGGAAGCCUGUGUAAAGAGGGACUAUGCCAAUGCUGCCCAGGCUCUCAUUGGUCAGCAGCAGAGGAAGGAGAAGCAGCAGCAUCAUCACCAGCAGUCCAGCUCCCUAUCCCACUCAAGCUCCUCCUCCUCCUCAGACAUGAACAACCCAUCGCCCAUCAUUCUCAAAAUUCCUCUUGAGAAAGAGAGGCAUGACCGCAGCUCCCUGAAGAUGCGGUUCCCUCUGCCUGGAGGAGGGAGCAGUGGGCACAGCGGGAGCAGCAAAGGCCAGGAUCAGGACAUCAAAGUUAGAAUACGGGUACCUGAGAAGCAAAGGGGGAGUUCGGGAGAAGAGGGCAAGAGCAGGGAGAAGCACAGGGAACGCACCAACCACCACCACCACCAUCAUCAUCACCACCAUCAUUCUUCCUCCAGUGGUGCCUCACUUUCCUCUUCCUCUUCACAUAAACACUCAUCAGGAAGUACGAGCAGUGCAUUAGGAAGCAACAAAAAGAUCCCUAGUGAUUCCUCUCGAAUGAGCUCCUCCUCGUCUUCAGCCUCUCGAAAGAGGUCUCAUUCCCAAGAUCCUGCAGCCAGCUCUCACCCUUCUUCCAAACUAAGUAAGUCCUCUCGGAAUGCCUAUCAGCUGCCGUCCUUGUCUUCAUCCUCUGGGCACAGCCUUGGGCAUGGUCCUGACAUCCUCCCUUCCCUGGGCCUUCCCCACCACCAGGGGAGCUACUCACACUCCAAGGGGGACAAGACCGACACUAAUGGACACAACACAGUGGGUGGGGGCCAGUCAAAUGAGUACCAGGACACUUAUGAAAUGCUAAACUCACUGCUGAGCGCACAGGGAGUCCAGCCGUCCCAGCCACCCAUGUUUGACUACAGAUCCCAAUAUGGGGACUACAGGUACAGUGGGAGCUCUAGAGGGAGCAACUCCAGACCCCCACCCCUGCCUUCGGAACCUCCUCCCCCGUUGCCGCCAUUACCCAAAUGAGUUUUUUUUUUUUAAUCCAUGGAUGCAUAACGUGCGCUGUACUCGCCAUCACAAACAUCAAGAUUGUUACAUGAAAUGUUGCCCAGUGAUUUUGGACUCUAAAUGUUUGUGUUUUUUUUUUUUUUUUGGUGCGGGUUUCAGCUUGACAGCAGAGAAAUGUAUUUCAGGUGUAAAUGCUUUUUCUUUUAAAUUUCAUUCACAUUUAUGUGUGGGGCAAUAAUGAGGCUUGAAAAGCCUAUAAAAUUAGAAAAAAUAUUUAUGGGGAAAAGUGUAAAUACUAUUUUUGAUGUUAGCAGUUUUUUAUCUCCUCAACUGAAAUUAAAUGUGAUAAUAGGACCUGGCAUUUUUGCCAUUGUGGAUAUAAAGGAAGUCAAACAUUGUCUUGAAAUUGUAGAGGAAACUUAUUUGCAUUACAUUAUGUCUUGCUAGCGAUUGUCUUUUUAUAAUGUUUUUAUAGUAUGCUAUUUAUUAAGUGAAUGCUUUUUGAAGAGCACUGCCCCCCUUUUUUUAAUGUCUCCCUUCAUUGCGGUGACCUUUUUUUCCCCCUCAAGACUGUACAGGCUAGUUUGAGAAUGCAUGUCUCCAAAGCCAUUUUUCUAUUUUUUUUAAACCACCCAAAUUGAAGACCCCCCUCCCCAGGGUUAUUAAACCUAAUUUUUGUAAUUAUCAUUAUCUUUAUUUGUUAAACUGUUGUACAAAGAUUAUGAGAUGGUAGAAACAAACUAUUUUUGCAUUUUGUUAUGAAAGAUUAGGGAAAAACCUUGUAAAAUAAGGAAGCUUGUACUUUUUUUUGUUUUUAAUUGCUGCAGUCAUUGUUUUAAAUGGUUGUAAAAUGUCAUGUUGAUACUCAAAUACUUACACUAAUGGGCAAAAUUUAUUCCAAGGAUGUUUAUCUGUGAGUCAUUAAAUACAUACAGGGUAUGGCCACAAUGAAGGAAUUGGCAGUGUCGACUCCCCCAACCAUGAAGGUGUAGGGUGUAUUUCCUAGCAAGUAUCAAUCCAGUUGUUCUAGGAAGACAACACAAAGUUCAGUUACUGUUGGAAAAAUAACAUUACCUGCAGUAUCAGUGUAUCCUGCCCUUUACGUUGCGAGUUUCUGCAACUAGCACGGAAAAGCGGUGGAAUGGUUGGUUAGGAUCAGACUGGCUCUAUGAUCAUUUGGGCAGUCCCUUUUUUAGCAUUUGUGAUGUGUCUGUGGACAGGUAUUUGGGAAUGUACGCAUUUGGUACUGCACAUCUAAGCAGAAUUCAAUCAGCAGUGGUGCAAUGCAAACAGAUUUAUUACACAAAAUGUGGAUAUAUUUAUUUAGAAAUAUUGAGAGUUCAUCCGAGACUGGUAUUUUUCAUUGAAAUAAAGCCAUAUUUUUCUGUUGUUCACUUCAAAACUAUUCAAGUUUGCAGUUAGUUAUUCAUAUAAUGGCUGGUGGAUCACUGAUUCAUCAGGUUUUUUCUUGUUUUGUUUUUUUUUUCCUAUUCAUACAAACGUCUUCCAGGGUGAUCACAGUUGAGCAUAGGCAAAUUGAGAUGGCAUGGAUAUUUAGUGUAUCUGCAGAUACACUAAAUGAUUCAGUUUUGUUUUGUUUUUUGUUUUUUUUGUGAUUAGCAUUGACCCUGCCCCCUGUCAGAUUAGUGUUCCCAAAAACCAUGCCAGAAUAAAACCCACACCAUAGUGUACCAUCUGUUAGUGAAGAAAGACUUUUUUGCUUGUGUUUUUAUGUUUUUCUAACUAUACCCUGCAUAUGGUUUUCAACAAAGUAUUCACAGUACAUGUCCCACAGAAAUAAUUGCAGAGCAUCUUUGGUUAGUUUGAACAAGACAUAAAUGUGUUACUUUCAUUGGAGUUUGUUUUUAUGAUUGUCAUUCAUUUAGCACUUCUUUUGGAGAGUCAAAGAAAGUUGAAUCAGUGACGAAACGUUUCUGUCAAUAAACGUUGUGUCCAGAUGAACUGAUUCAACUUUCUUUGAUUUUCUUACCUGGAUUACUGUGCAUGCAUAAAGACCUUUUGGUGAGUAUUUUCAGUGCGUAAACCCCCGUAUGGACUAGUUGGAUUCAUGCCGGUUCGAUUUUACCACAUCAAGGCUCUUGUAAUGUAAAACUCCGUGGAUUUUCCAUUUGAAAUUUUUUGGCCAGGGAAUUGAUCUACAUGCGUUCUUGUUCUCAUGGAAAUCACUGUAAAUAGGUUAUCAACAUACCUCCACUUAAGGGUAUUGGGCAACAGAAGUAGAUAACUGCCUAAUUUUAUUUGGGAAAGAAAUGCUGUUUGUAGACGGGAGUACUGGGUAUUAUCUGUACAUCUUAAUCAUGUAAAACUAUAUGGAUCUGAUUGUAUGGUAUUACCAAUCCUAACAUGCGAUGUAUUUUUUUUUUUGAGUUUAAGGAAUUAUUUUUUUAGGGCGGCUCACAGUAAGGCAUAAACCAUUGUAAUAUAUAUUAUAAUGUUCCCUUAAUCUAUAACUUUGUUACUCAGGCAGCAGCGAUUUCAAGAUAUUAGUUGAUCCUUUGACUCUUGGUUGUGGUUGUUGAGUGCACUGAAUCUAUACCCCAGAAAUUGCCUGAAAUGGAAACGACUUAAAAAGUAUUACACUUAUAUUCUAUGAUUAGAAUAGACGCACCUUGUUUCUGCCAUUUGAUUUGAACAAAUCCAAUUUGAGUAUUAGCUGAUUUUCUUUUAAGGCUGUGGGACUGUCCAAGGAAGUCACAGUGAAAGAAAAAAAUGGAACAAAGACACUCAUGCAACCUAACAAUGCAAAAUCGCAUAGCUACACCUCCGUUAUCAACACUCGAGUUUCAUAUUUUGUCACAUAAUCGUGUUUUAAGUGUUUUGAGUGACACUCAGGUCUGGAAUCAUUAAAUCAUCUUGGGAUUCUGUUUCAAUUAAAAUAUGACUUGUGAACACUGUUGCUUUUGAUAUAAUGUGGUUGAUUUAAUAUCCCAUGUCAAUAAAUAUUUUAAGA